UACAUUAGAUUCGAAGAUAUCGUACCAAUCCUCCAUUCUUCAAGAUUCUCUCUUUUGAUUCACACCAAAAGAGAAAAAAGAAUGAAGACCUUCACCAUAUCUCACUCCUUAGUUGUGUUAAUAAUGGCGUUUGCCAUUGCUACGGCAACACUGAGCCAAAAUUUACCAUUUGACGAGGCCAAUACGGACACGACCACCGGCCAAGAAGUGCCCGUUUCGUCGAGCCAUGCGGGUCGAUUUCUCUCGAGCAGAAACGACAAGUAUCGGGUGGUGGGUGCGAUGAUGACAUGCGACAGGUAUCCGAAAGUAUGUCGGCUAAAGGGCAGCCCAGGACGAGAAUGCUGCCGGAAGAGAUGCGUAGAUGUACGGAGCGACAGAUCCAACUGCGGGAAGUGUGGGAAGAAGUGUGGGUAUUCGGAGAUUUGUUGCAAGGGAAAGUGUGUGAACCCAAUGUUCGAUAAGAAACACUGUGGGGUUUGCUUCAACAAGUGCAAGAAAAGAAGCUCUUGCUCUUAUGGGAUGUGCAGCUAUGCCUAAUUUUUUUUUUUUUUAAAAGCACAAUCUGGUAUGCAAAAAGAUUUAUAUUGUCAUAAUCUUUAUUGGUUUGAUUAAUUGAUUCAUAAUUAUGUAACACUAUCAUUGUUUUACAUUAGUUAUUAUGAUUCAUGUAAUAUGUCAUGUAAUAAGGGAACCUGUAGUAGUAGUCAUGAAAUUGUAG